AUGGUGCCGGCAACGCUAAUUGAUGAAAAGUCGCCCAACCUCCUUUUUAAGAAACUCAAUGUUUCUGCAAUCAACCAAGUGGUAGUUCAAUUGGAAAAAAAAAUUCAACAACAUGAUUCUGAAUUGAAAUAUUUGGUUGCCGAAAAGUACAGAGAUCUAAUCAACAUUUCCAACGAGAUAGCCAAAUUGAACAACAGUAGUGUGUACCUAGAUCAUAAUAUAGCAACUAUCUGCUUCAAAGAAAAUAACUACUGUAUCAAAUCAUACUAUAAAUCUAUUCCAAGAGUUGUGCUAAAGCACAGUGGUAGGACCAGGAAUUUGCUUUUAAAAAACUGGUUGUACCGGUUAGAAUACAUGCUGCUAAAUUCAGAUAAUACCGGAAGCUUAUUAGAUUUUUGUGAAACGUAUUUCAUUAUACUGAAUACUUAUGGUACUGAGUUAGAUUCAUGUAAACCUUUCAAUACUCAAUUGAAGCGAGUAUUUGUCUCGCUGGACACUUUAUUGUUGGAGCGGAUUGUUAAGGAAAAUAGGGAUAUUAAGGAGUUGGAAGUUGGAUUGGUCUCCGUCAUUAUCUUGAACAGAUUUAGAGAUUACACUUCGUUGAUGCAAUGGUUUUUUCAUCAAAGACUCAACUAUUUGAAGACCAUAUUUGAUAUUAAACACAAAUUCGCCUACAUAGUCUGCACAAUCCAAAUCUGUAAUAUGGUGAAAGACCAAACCCUCAAUUACAAAUUGUAUUCAUCGUUGGCGGCCAUCAAUGAGCGGCACCACGGUUUAGCGGAUGCCACGUUUUUUAACACUGAGAUGGGUGGUGUGGAUACUUUAUACAACAUUUGGCUUCGAGAUGUCUCUGAAGACAUUUUGAAAUCCUACAUUGAUCAGUCCUCAAAGUUAUCUGUUCCUGGUUUAUUUUCGUUUUUCAAAACUAUUUUAUCGCAGUUUGAGGAAUCAGCUUCACUAGUUGACCUUUUGCUAAUUCAGCCGAAUUCAUUGUUGCUUCGAAUUAGUGAACUUUUUUUUGAUGAUUACUCAAAGCUUGUGAUUCGCAAUAUUGACCAUGUUGAUUUGUCACUAUCAGCUUCUUCCCAACAAGUAUUUGGCCCUUUCAGUGACACAACACUUGAGUCUCUCGACAAGUUACCGCUGAUUGAACCUCCUGAAAACCGGUUAGUUUCAAACUACUUGCAGUUGUUUGGCAUUUAUGAAAAUGAGAUCAGUCCACUCACUGACCUCAGAACUUUUGUGCAAAAGUCAAAAGAGCUUGAAAUCUGCAAUCUUAGAACCCUUCUGCUUGGCCGUAUUCUACAAUGUCAAAGUGCAAUAAGUGAACUUUUAAAUAAAGUACAACGUUCACUACUAGAAUCCCUGAACCGCUUGCCUCCUCAUCAGUCAAUUAGUAACAUAUUCGCCGUGGUCUCACUUUCGUCUUUACCCAGUAUAAACGACGCGAUGUCAUCUCCGAUAGACUACUCAACUGUGAUUAACAGAUGGCUCUGGAGCUAUCUCUUACAUCAACUAGAAAUCUUGAAGCCCAAGUUUUUGGCACUCCACGAGGGCGAUCUUGACAGUUUUAUUGAUGUUUUUUAUGAGUAUUGCUGUCUACUGAUGCCCAAUGUUAUAUUUCAUAAUGUUUAUCGACACCCUUGUUUCGCCAAUUUAAGGGAACACAUAGUGAUAAAAAUAGCUGAGAUUAUAUCGUCAAAAGGGUGUUGUUUUUUGGAGAAGCACUUUCUAUCAAACUUUUUACAAGCAAGAUCCCUGAAAAGAGAUAAGUUGAGAGAAAACUGCCGAAAGAGAGAUGUAAAAUCGUCUAAUAGGGUCUAUGAACAAAACAGGUUUUUAUUUGUUCCUUUAUUGCUCAUACCUGACCCUUGA